AUGGCGUCGGUGCAUCUUAUCGAUGCACACUGCCAUCCUACUGAGCAGGUGCGUUCUCGUACGGGCCAUACAGUUGAUAUCGAUGCAUGGAUCGAGGAAGUAGGCAGCGUUCACCUGCACAAGAUUUGUGUUAUGUCGACAGACAUGUGGGAUCAGUCCUUAGUGGCCCGGCUCGCAGAUGCAUACCCAAAUAAGAUUGUGCCAUGCUUCGGCAUUCAUCCAUGGGCUGCUCAUACCAUCUCAAUACAAGAUCCGCCGCCAGAUCGACGCACACACUACACGAACUUGUUUGGACCCACGCAGGAGGAAGAGGCCUGGCUAGAAGCCUUGCCUACACCCGUGUCACUUACACAAGCACUUUCCCUCUUGGAGGCGAACCUAGCGAAAUACCCACAUGCACUAGUUGGUGAAAUUGGAAUGGACAGAAGUUUCCGCAUCCCCGUCCCGCAAAGUUCACCGCGCGUCUUGACGAAGUGGCAGACGCCUUUUGAGCAUCAGCUGGCUGUGCUCGAAGCACAGCUGCGCGUGGCGUGUCAACAGCGGCGGAGCAUUAGUAUGCAUAGUGUGCGGGCUGCUGGGCCCACAAUGGCACUGCUGGAACGCAUGUGCACGUACGCAGGCUUUAAUGGUAUCAGUAUUGACCUGCACAGCUGCACGCUAAGUCCCGAGACGAUCCGCCAGGUUCAGAAGACGUACAAAAACGUGUACGUGUCGUUUUCCACAGCAGUGAAUGGGCGUCAGGCAAGACUGCAUGAACAGAUCCGCGCUUGUGACCCACACCGUGUGCUAUGUGAGUCAGAUUGGCAUGGAUGGGAUGAGCUGGCACAGCGAACAAACGAAAUCGUCAGUAUCAUGUCGACUGCGUGGUGCACAUCGUCGCAGGCGGCGUCGCUUCUGCCCGGUCUGUCAUCUGAAGAGUCGCUGGGUCGCUUGCUUACGCAAAACUUUGAGCGAUUCUCACACAUGUCUUAA